UAUAUAGAUAAUGUAUUCCACGGAUUGUGAACAGUCAUGUGGUCAUCGUUGUGCAGAACUGUCGUGUCUUGAUUGUUGCUUGUAAUUAUUAACGUAAAACAAUGAUUGUUAUUACCUUAUUAUUUUAAAUAUUUAUUUUAAAUUUUAAAUAAAAUAUUUCUUUUUUUUAAAUAUUAAUUUAUAUUAUUGCGAGUUAUUAUAAAUAAUAAAUAUGGAUAAUGAAAACGAAAGGCUUCCACCGGACUCACAUGAAUACCAUCAUACUUUGAUGUAUGGACAAUACACAAAAGAAUUGGGCGACUAUGUCAAAGGAACACAGCGGAAUAUACCAGCACCUGUCAUACACGACAGUACAAACGAAGAAUUCAACAAGUAUAGUGGGAAAAUCAGUUCUACUUUGGAAGUCGUAUGGCGCCAUUCGUUCGCCAAGCUCAGUGAAGAUUGGGUAUUUCUCACGUUGUUGGGUCUCGUCAUGGCCGUAUUAAGUUUUGCCAUGGAUUAUGGUAUAGACUUCACCAACGAAGGAAGAAUAUGGCUAUUCAAAGAUAUGAUGUUCAACCAGUAUUUACAGUACAUUGCCUGGGUACUGUUACCAGUCAGUUUGAUAACAUUUGCAGCAGGAUUCGUACACUUAGUUGCGCCUCAAUCUAUUGGUUCGGGAAUACCAGAAAUGAAAACAAUAUUAAGGGGCGUCGCAUUAAAAGAAUUCCUCACCUUAAGAACAUUAAUCGCUAAAGUAGUCGGUGUUACAGCAACUUUAGGUUCCGGUCUACCACUCGGCAAAGAGGGUCCAUUCGUGCACAUUGCCAGUAUAACAGCUACACUUUUGACGAAAGUCAUAACUUCGUUCAAAGGAAUCUACGAGAACGAAUCACGAAACACUGAAAUGUUGGCUGCGGCAUGCGCGGUCGGAGUUGCGAGCUGUUUCGGGGCUCCUAUUGGUGGUGUGCUCUUCAGCAUUGAAGUAACGACCGUGUACUUCGCCGUGAGAAACUACUGGAGAGGAUUCUUUUCGGCCGUCUGUAGCGCCACUGUAUUCCGAUUGCUGGCCGUAUGGUUCAACAAGGCCGAAACCGUAAAGGCUUUUUUCCCGACCCAUUUCACAAUGGAAUAUCCGUUCGAUCCUCAAGAGUUGACCGUUUUCGCUUUGCUUGGGGUAGUCUGUGGAAUUAUCGGAGCCGGUUACGUUUGGGCACACAGACAAUACGUAUUGUAUAUGAGACAAAGUAAAAAAAUGAACUCUUUCCUACAAAAGAACCGUUUUUUAUAUCCGAGCCUUAUAACGUUUCUCACGUUGACAAUCACAUUCCCUCUAGGCACUGGCAAAUAUAUUGCUGGCGAACUGAACGUACACGAUCAAUUAACUGGGCUAUUCAGUAAUUUCACGUGGACAAAGACUGAGUUCACCAUCGAGGAGGCAGAAAUGAUGAAUCAUUGGCGUACAGAAAACACCAACGUUUUCAUUUGUUUAUCGGCUUACAUAGCUUAUAAUUUUGUAUUCUCUAUAAUAGCAUCGACCAUUCCAAUACCAUCCGGUAGUUUUAUUCCAGUAUUCAAAACUGGGGCCGCGUUCGGUCGAAUAGUCGGCGAACUCAUGCACUUAUGGUUCCCGUACGGUGUUAGACACGGGAAAUUCAUCACACCUAUAAUACCGGGAGGUUAUGCCGUAGUCGGAGCAGCAGCUUUUGCUGGGGCCGUUACACAUUCCAUAUCAGUGUCUGUAAUUGCUUUUGAAAUGACGGGACAGAUCACACACAUUGUACCUGUCAUGAUCGCCGUGUUAAUAUCAAACGCUGUAGCAGUAUUACUACAACCUUCACUGUACGACAGUAUUAUACUAAUAAAAAAUCUACCCUACUUGCCAGAUCUUCUCCCGUCCAUAUCGGGUAUUUACAGUGUGUAUGUAGAAGAUUUUAUGGUCAGGGAUGUCAAGUAUAUUUGGUAUAAUAUGAGUUACAGAGACUUGAAGAAGGUUCUGAGGGAAAACAAAGUUCUUAGAGUGUUUCCGUUAGUUGACAAACCAGACUCAAUGAUAUUAUUGGGAUCGGUACCUCGAAUUGAACUGAUAAAACUGAUCGAUAGACAAGUGGGUAAAGAAAGGCGAAUGCAAGUAGUUGCUAAAUGGCAGAAAGAAGCACAAGAGAGACUUGACGAGGUAGAAAGAAGGAGAAGGGAUAACAAAGAAAGAAGGCCUUCCAGAUUUGAAGUCACGCCGGCACCAGAUACUCUACAAAGAAAGUAUUCAAUUAGUUCGCAAUCACUUUCUACGAAUCCCAUGAUUAAGGUACAAGGCGGUUCUUCAUUAAAAGAACAUCCGAAAAAAUCUAUUUUAAAAAAGACCAAUUCAUUCACUUUACAUAACCUGACACCAAUGAUGACUCCGUCAGCGACACCGUAUUCGACGAUAACUGGAGCCGAGAGUCGCAUACGACUAGCGUUCGAAGCUAUAUUUCACAAAUCUGCUACGCUUCGAGAUGCAAAUCCAGAGCAGCAGAGCUUAACAGACAUCACAGAUAAGGAUAGAAGUUCGUCGCAGAUUAUACAAGUGUCUAAAAAAGUUCAACUGCCCAAGGAGAGAGUCAUAGAUAUGUCACCAGAAGAGCAGAGCGAGUGGGAACAAACAGAAAUGGACAAGAUUUUAGAUUUUGGUUCCUGUCACAUUGACCCGGCACCGUUUCAGUUGGUCGAGAGGACGUCAUUGCUUAAGGUCCAUUCGGUGUUCUCUUUGGUCGGUGUCAAUCACGCUUACGUCACUGCCAUUGGUCGCCUUGUCGGCGUCGUUGGACUAAAAGAAUUGAGAAAAGCCAUAGAAGACACCAACUCGGGAACCAAACUCGGACACCACAAGACAUCUGGCUUCCGUAGUGCUGCAAUGGAAUCGCUAUUAAGUAAUCGACGGAUAGAUGACGACUAUGACGUGUAAAAUAUAUGCAUAGGUAUAUUUUGUAAAGGUGGUUCAACAUUGAUGUUUUAUAGUACGAAAACAUACCUAUAUUUUGACAACGUACACUACAAACAUCAGAUCCGUUAAAAAAUCUGAAAACAUAUUAAAAUUUCUUUAUAAUUUACUUAGGAUCAAUCAUUAACUUUUUCGAUUUUUUAUAUAACGAAUAUAUCUUAGCUUUUAUCUUCCUUUUAAAUUAUAUUUUAAAACGAAAAAAAAAUUAAGAGAAUAAUGAUUAAAUGGAAAAAAUUCAAAAUACUGGCAUUAUCUAUUUCAAAUAAGCUUCUUAAAGAAUUCAAAUUUCUUAUCGUAACUUUGCAAUUACGUUGAAUAAAAAGACAAAAAGUAAAUAUAUGAUUUUUAAUGAAAAAUAAUAUUACUCAUUGACUAUAAAUAUUGGUAACGUCAUGUGCGUGUACAUACAAGCGAAACCUCUUUUAGAUUAUAAAUACAUACGUCACACACUAAUGAUAACUUACUACGUACACACUCAUACACUUAAAAAAUAUCCUAAAAUGAACCUCAUGAAAACGAUUGGUAUCGAAUCUCCUUAUAUAAAAUAUUAUGUAAGGUACCACACAUUAAAUUCAAAAUGUCAAAAUUGUCUUGCCAGCAAUUUGAUAUGCUUUUGCUAAAUUUUAAACAUAAAAUUUAAUGAAU